AUGCCUGCCGCGUCUGGCAGACCUUCUCGGGCCGGCUGAGCGGGGAGCUAUGUGUGAAAGGAAAUUAGGCUGCUGCCGGCUUCACAUCUGUUGAGCUGACCCGACCUGCAGGGUCCAAAAGAGGACGGCUGUCAGCUUUGCCAGACUGAGGACCCACCGGCUACCCCCAGACAUCUCAUAGCAGCCUGACAAUUCGUGCAAGGGGGGGAAGCGAAACACGUGGGACUAGACCCCUGAGCAGAAAGGAAUCAUUAUUUUUCCCAAAGAGGAAAAGGGCAUCAAAGGGUGGGGGUGGAGGGAGGCGCAAACAGUUCAGUCUGAAGUCCCUGUGAACGGGCUUUUGGAAGGCAAUUAAAGACGUCCGCUCAGAGAGGACCUGGGCUGGGACUUGGGUCCGUGGCUUUCUGACUGUGAGUGGAAGCCGGUCUUACACACGCUGCUGGCAAAUGUCAGCCGGGGAAAAAAGGAGCAGGUUAAGUGACCGGCACAAAAAACUUCCAGGUGGACCCAGGAAGCCCGGUUCUGCUGCCAGCUCGGAGGAACCCGGGGCAGGAGGACACAGUGCAUUUGAACAUGACCUGUUGCGUCUGGCGAGUUCCAGCCACAUGCUGGUAAGGAAGCGGUGCAGGCGUGGACCCUGCAGACCGCAAUUCCUGCUGCUCCUCCUGCUGCUGGGAUGCGCGCUGCUGAUGCUGGCCGCGCUGCGCCCUCCCGCGCCGACCCUGCCCCAGGCUGCCCCAGCUCGGGUCGCCGAGCACAGCCCCGAGGCCGGGUACCGCCUGGACUUCGGGGAAUCUCAGGAGUGGGCGCUGGAGUCCAAGGACGAGGACCAAGAGUACGGCCCCCUGGAGGACCUGCCGCCCUUCAUCUCGCUGCGGGAGGAUCAGCUCCUGGUGGCUGUGGCCUCUCCCAGGGCGAGAGGGAACCAGAGCCAGGGCAGGAGAGGUGGCAGCUACCAGCUCAUCAAGCGGAUGAGCAGGAGGCCGGACGAGGACGCCCCAGAGCGGGACUGGGCGGCCGAGGAAGAGGAUGCCGCGGAGGCAUCUGAAGAAGAGGCGCUGACCUCGCUCAGCCUGGAGGAGGCGCUCAGUGCGCGCAUCCCCCUGCAGAGGGCGCUGCCGGAGGUACGGCAUCCGCUGUGUCUGCAGCAGCAUCCGAGAGACAGCCUGCCCACUGCCAGCGUCAUCCUCUGUUUCCACGACGAGGCCUGGUCCACCCUCCUGAGAACCGUGCAUAACAUCCUGGACACAGCGCCCAGGGCCUACCUGAAGGAGAUCAUCCUGGUGGACGACCUCAGCCAGCAAGGACAGCUCAAGUCGGCUCUCAGCAAGUAUGUGGCCCGGCUGGAGGGGGUGAAGUUGCUCAGGAGCAACAGGAGGCUGGGCGCCGCCAGGGCCCGGAUGCUGGGGGCCGCCAGGGCCACCGGGGACGUGCUGGUCUUCAUGGACGCCCACUGCGAGUGCCACCCGGGCUGGCUGGAGCCCCUCCUGGCCAGAAUAGCUGGUGACAGGAGCAGGGUGGUGUCUCCAGUCCUAGACGUGAUUGACUGGAAGACUUUCCAGUAUUACCCCUCCAAGGACCUGCAGCGCGGGGUAUUGGACUGGAAACUGGAUUUCCACUGGGAGCCUUUGCCGGAGCGAGAGAGGAAGGCCCUGCUGUCCCCCAUCAGCCCCAUCAGGAGCCCUGUGGUGCCCGGCGGGGUCGUGGCCAUGGACAGACAUUACUUCCAAAACACUGGAGCUUAUGACCCUCUCAUGUCACUGAGGGGUGGCGAAAACCUCGAACUGUCUCUCAAGACCUGGCUCUGUGGGGGCUCCGUCGAAAUCCUUCCCUGCUCUCGGGUGGGGCACGUCUACCGAAAUCAGGAUGCCCACUCCCCUCUUGACUGGGAGGCCACCCUGCGGAACAAGGUCCGCAUUGCUGAGACCUGGCUGGGCGCGUUCAAAGAAACCUUCUACAGGCACAGCCCAGAGGCCUUCUCCUUGAGCAAGGCUGGGAAGCCGGACUGCACUGAACGCCAGCAGCUGCAAAGGAGGCUGAGCUGUCGGACCUUCCACUGGUUUCUGGCCAACAUCUAUCCCGAGCUGUACCCAUCCGAACGCAGGCCCAGGUUCUCUGGAAAGCUCCACAACACCGGACUUGGCUUCUGUGCAGACUGCCAGGCAAAAGGGGACAUCCUGGGCUGUGCCGUGACGCUAGCUCCUUGCAGUGACAGCCAGCAGCAGCAGCACCUGGAUCACAUGGGCAGGAAGGAGAUCCACUAUGGCAGCCCCCAGCACCUGUGCUUCGAUGUCAGGCGAGAGCAGGUGAUUCUACAGAACUGCACCGGGGAAGGCCUUGACAUCCAUCAGCAGCACUGGGACUACCAGGAGAAUGGAAUGAUUGUUCACAUUCUUUCUGGGAAAUGCAUAGAAGCUGUGUUGCAGGAAAACAAUAAAGAUUUGUAUUUACGUGAGUGUGAUGGAAAAGCCAGCCAGCUGUGGCGAUUUGACAACGUCAGCACCGUGGAUGAACAGUGAAUGCCACCAUCAGAAGGAAAAGAGAAAUGUGGCCAUAGAGGUUCAACUCAAGGGAACGACAGGAGCAUGUGCAUAUCAUGAAGG